CACUUUGUUAAAAAAUGCUCCAUUUCUCCUUAUAAUUACGAGUAGUUUUGAGGGCGUUAGUAAGUUACUACCAUGUUGUUUCGGAAUGAAUAGUAUUAACAGUAUAUAAUUCAUACUAUCAUGUCCGCGUGUUUGCUACUUCAGCCUCUCAGCUAAAUGAUUUUUGACUGGAAAGUCCUAAUUUAACUAAAACGAACUACUCUCCUCUGCGUUUGCGAUCCAGUUAUUCGGCCUCGCCUAACAUUAUAUAUACAGAAUUCGGCCCCCGGGCUGCACUUGGACAUCCCUGAUCUAAAGGGUUGUGUUCUCUGCAUACACUGUUGGUGCUGUCGGCCCUUAAACAGCCGAGCUUCUGUCGCAUAGAGGAUCUUUGCGUGUAGUACGUCCUUAAAGACAAAUAUGGUGCAUUGAAGAUCUUUGUGUGCGUGGAGCGUAGCUUGUUGAUGAGAAGAGUCAUGACACGUGCACGUUCCGUUGUGUGCAGAAGGCCAUGUUCCCUGCAGACCUUCCACCUGUGGAUGAAACUGAACUGAGGUCAGCAUCUGAAGGCUAUUUCUUGUCGUUGGAGUCCAGAUCACACGAGCAUGAGUGCUUUCAAUGGUCAGAAAGCACAAAGGUGACAAUAAGUGCCAGUAACGUCACAUGGUUGCAGCUGUUUGAGGAUAACCAAGCGGGAUGUUCGCUCCUGGCGCUGCACCCACCUGACCGUCCGACUCAAGUGGUGGCUUUAUACUUGCAUGGAAGGUGGUGGUCCGUGGACGACGUCACGCGAACGUCCUGCAAAUCCAGGGCCGGCUUGGUUCCGGUAAUCACACUUGAGUUUUUUGAAGGGCGGGGUUCCCAUCUUAACGUGCUGACGGUGUUAAACACGCGUGGGAAGCAGCGAGCGCUACUCCAAUACGUUCACAUCCAAGAUUGUCGCUUGUCUUUUUCAUCCGGCGCUGUAGAAAAAGUGAAGUCGGGCCGCUUGAAGCUGAGAUGUUUCCUUCAGGUGCGGUCGUUCACGGAGAGGCUGAUUCUGUUCCUGCUCAGCCAGGUGGUAGAUGGGCCGUCGCGGACUGAGGCGCUCUUCUCCCCGCACCCCCGCACGGAGCGUGCCAAGCUGCUGUGGGUGGACGGCCGGGCGGUGGGCUUCUACACUGUCAAACAUAAAGGCAGCCUGUGUGACGGCCGGAGCAGCCGAUGCUACCUCCUGCCCGUUCUGGACUCGGUGCUGGUGAGGAAAAGCUGGAGGAGGAGAGGACUGGGCCUGAAGAUGCUAGCUGACUUCUGCUCCUCGUUCCCCGGUGAGGAGGAGUUGGGAGUCAGCGUGCCGCUGUCCUCCAGCAUGGUGGCAGUGUGUAGGCGCUUCCUGCAGCUGCACGAAGACCACCGAGAGCGCCUGUAUGAGGUGGAGGCCCCCGGGGGCUGGACCCAACGGCGAAACAUCUGGCUCAACAUCCAAUUACGCAGAUAUCCACUCAGUCGAGAUGACGCGGGUGACGAGGGCCAAAAAGAUUCAAGCAGAUCCCCAGACUGACCCGAUGACGCACGAGCAUAUAAUCCAAGCUCUCGAGUGGUCCACAUAGGCCGGCGCACAAAACAAUGCAUAUAGAAAGAAAAAUCAUAUGCUCAAAUGAAAUGCUAGAUAUUGUGUAUAUGCAGCAUGAUACCUUACGACAGCAAUCCACCCCAUUUUCGCGAAGCUAAUAGACAACAUAACACAAUUACACAAUUCUCACCUAUGCAGUAUUUAUGCAAAUGGAUGAAGAUAUUUCACACACGGAAUCAGGUUUCAUUAAGGGAACACAGCAAUGUAAGACUUACUGUGUACUUGACUACAAGCACCUCAUA